AUGCUUGCAUUCCGCAGCCUGAUGUUUUUCAUUGCCUUCAUUGCCCUAGCCAAGGCCUCUCCGGUAUCGCAAGUUGACGAUGUUGACUGCGACGCCGAGGAUAUUGCGAAGCGCGGGGAAAUUGUUGGCCCUGGUCUAGCACUGUGUUUUUGA